GGGACGCGGCAGCCGCCGCCGCCGCCAUGGAGGCGAAACCGGCGGACCCGCAGCUCUGCGACAGCCUCAUCCUCUGGCUGCAGACAUUCAAUACAGCUGCUCCCUGCAGGGAUGUCCAGGACCUGACUAACGGGGUUGCCAUGGCUCAGGUGCUUCACCAAAUAGAUGUUGCCUGGUUUGAUGCAUCUUGGCUCAGUCGCAUCAAAGAAGAUGUUGGUGACAACUGGAGAAUAAAGUCCAGUAAUUUGAAGAAGAUACUGCAAGGAAUUAUGGACUACUACCAUGAGUUCCUGGGUCAGCAGAUUGCAGAAGAGCUUAUUCCAGACUUGACCCGGAUAUCUGAGAACUCAGAUCCCACUGAACUGGGCAGGCUCCUGCAGCUGAUUUUGGGUUGUGCAGUCAACUGUGAGAAGAAACAAGAGCACAUACAGAAUAUCAUGACCCUUGAAGAAUCUGUUCAGCACGUUGUCAUGACAGCCAUUCAAGAGCUCAUGAGCAAGGAGGUAACAAGUGCUUCCCCAUGUGAUGCAUCAAGUGAAGUGGAACAGCAGCUUAAAAAAGCCUUGGAAGACCUUGAGGAAGCACGAGCAGAAAAAGAGGAGUUGGCACAAAGAUGUCAAGAGCUGGAUUUGCAGGUGGCUGCCCUCCAGGAUGAGAAAAACAGCUUGAUGUCAGAAAAUGAGAUUAUGAAUGACAGACUAGAGCAAUUAGACGACUCUCUUGAUGAUCCAAAUACCAUGGUUGCAAAAAAGUAUUUUAGUGCACAGUUGCAGCUGGAACAAUUGCAAGAAGAAAACUUCAGGCUUGAAGCUGCAAAAGAUGAUUAUCGUGUCCAUUGUGAAGAUCUAGAAAAGCAAUUGAUUGAGCUGCAACAUAGAAACAAUGAACUGACCUCUCUGGCAGAAGAAUCAAGAGCUUUGAAAGAUGAAAAUGACAUUCUUAGGGCUACUGCAGACAAGGCAAGCAAGCUGGAGUCGACAGUGGAGGUGUAUCGGAAGAAGCUGCAGGACCUGAACGAUUUCCGCAGGCAGGUCAAGUCCCUGCAGGAGACCAACAUGAUGUACAUGCACAACACUGUCAGCCUGGAGGAUGAGCUCAGGAAAGCCAACGCAGCACGGGCCCAGCUGGAAACCUACAAGAAACAGGUCCAGGAGCUUCAUAACAAACUGUCUGAAGAAUCCAAAAGAGCUGACAAGCUGGCGUUUGAAAUGAAGCGACUUGAAGAAAAAUAUGAAGCUUUAAUAAAAGAAAAAGAGAGACUGAUAGUGCAGUGUGAUGCAUUAAGAGAGACAAAUGAGGAGCUGCGGUGUGCACAGAUGCAGCAGGAUCACCUGAGUCAAACAGGUGAAAAAAGCCAUGAGAAUCUUGCUGCUGAAAUUCUGCCAGUGGAAUAUAGGGAAAUGUUUAUUCGGCUGCAGCAUGAAAAUAAGAUGCUCCUGCUGAAACAGGAGGGAUCAGAAAAUGAACGAAUUGCUGAGCUCCAGGAAGAGCUGGAGCAGAAGCACCGGACAGUGAACGAGCUGGAAACUGAGAAAAGGCUCAAUGAAGAGCGUAUUGGAGGAUUACAGCAGCAGAUUGAAGAUCUGCAAAAGACUUUACAGGAGCAGGGAUCCAAGACUGAAGGAUCUAGCAACCUGAAGCAGAAAUUGGCAGCACACAUGGAAAAGUUGAAUGAGGUUCAUGAUGAGUUACAGAAGAAGGAGGCUGAUCUUGCAGAGCUCCAGCCUGAUGACAGCCAGAACCCCCAGAAGAUUGGAGAGCUGGAAGCAGCUUUACGAAAAAAAGAUGAGGAUAUGAAAGCAAUGGAAGAAAGAUAUAAAAUGUACCUUGAAAAAGCAAGGAAUGUGAUAAAAACCUUAGACCCCAAGCUCAAUCCAGCAUCAGCAGAAAUUAUGUUGCUCAGAAAACAGAUACUGGAAAAAGACAAAAGAAUCGAAGCACUAGAGAAUGAAUACAAAAUAGCCAAGCUACGUGACUAUGAGGAAAAGCUGAUUGUAACUGCAUGGUACAACAAGAGCCUGAGUCUGCAGAAGCUGGGCAUGGAGGCCAGGCUGGUGGGCAGCAGUGGCAGCUGCGGGGCCGGGCCCGGCCGCUCCUUCCUGGCGCAGCAGCGUCACGUCACCAACACCAGGAGGAACCUCACUGUUAAAGUACCAGGUGCAACAUCUGAUUAAACACCAGGACAUGAAGAAGACUCACAUGCUAAAGUGUCCUUAAAUGUUUUAUACCUUUCCACUUUACCUACUUGAUGAGAGAGGAGGUUAGAAUGCUGGGCAGCUGCAAAUGACAACAUCAGAGCCUGUCAGGAAGGGAUUAAGGUGAUCAGCCAGAGGGUAGCAUGUAGUUUUCCAAGUAGAUUUAAUAACUGCAGCAUGUACAAGACAACUUAAGAGAUUUCUAUUUGCCUUCAGAUUAUAUUGUAAAUACGAAAUUUGGCACUAUAUAUUUAAAACUUUAUUUAAGUGGGUUUGGGCUAGAAAGUUGACUUUUAUAAUGGAAGAUGUUAUGCAAAGGUGUACUUCAGGAAACUGGCAAUAUUGGACAUUUUUGCUGGGCUCUUCUGAAAACAGAUCUAAAAGAUUGGUAACCUCUUUUUAAAAAAGAGGUUUUUAGAGUAGAAAGCACAAUUUUAAAAGCAAGAAAGUACUUGCAUUUAUAGAAGAAAAUAAAGGUGUAGUACCAGCUGUUAUGUAACAGAAGACAGGAUUUGUUUUAUGAGAAACAGAAUUUCUCAGUUUAUUUAAAAAAAAAGCAAAGCUUAAGUUGGUGCAUAUAUGCACUGAGGAAAAUCUGUCUUUAAAAUGAAUUCACUUAAGCCAGAAAAGCUUGUCUUUUCCUGGGUAAGAAAAAAGCUAUUAUACUAACUCAAAAGUCUGGGCUAUAUUUUAAAUGUCUGGCAUAUUGGUAUACUGCAUUUAUCUGCAGAAAGGGGAUUAGGUGGGAAGGAGCCCCAUUUAUUUCAACCUAUUUACACAAGCCUGUGCAUGGAAAUUGCAUUUCCUCUUUUUUAAAGGUAGUUUCACUUGGCUAUUCUGAACUAACUGUGCUAGGCAGAGGAGUGAGAGAUGGCUGUGGCAGUUACUGGCAGCAGAGGUUGGUUGUUGGCAGGGAGCAAAGUGCAUAAGCUGUAAUAGUUUGAUUGAAGAUUAAAUGGGGGUUGUUACCUGACAUCUGUGUGCAGGAAGUUGCUGUCUUCCCCAAAACUUGUGACUUUAUUUCCCAAAUGUCUAACUCUUGUUUUGAAUUGUAAUUUUAGGAAAGCUGUUAAUGUCUGUUCUUUGCAAAUGGUCUAGAAAAAGUUCAUUAUACCAAUAGUUUAAUAAAAUAAAAUUGCAGCAGCCCUUAAAAUGAAAUGAAUACACUUAAUUUAAGUAUUUGAGAGUGCUGUACCAGACCACCAUCUAAUAUAAAAUUCAGCUGCCUGUGAGAAUGAAAACACACCUGUCUUACCAUUAAGGCCAUCUUUGAUUUGAGAGCAGGGUUCAGCUAUACAGAAUUUAAAGUUUUGAAUUGGGACCUUUGGAUAGUGUGUCAUUUUGCCUGCCCCUCACUAUAGCUUGUCCUUUAAUUUGUUCCUUCCCCAACGUCUUCAAUCUUUAAUUGGGCAUUGCAUAUCAUGCCAGAGAAAAGGCAAGCAAGCAUUCAUUUUUGAUA